CAUUCCCAUUCCCAAUCCCAGAUUCCCGUGGCCGUGCAGUGCCAGGAGGCGCAGCUGGUGGUGACGGUGCACCGGGAUCUGUUCGGGAACGGGCGCUUGGUGAGCGCCGCCGAGCUGAGCCUGGGUCCCGCCGCCUGCAAACAUUCCCGGCUGGAUCCAUCCCGGAACGUCACCUUCAGCGCCGGCCUCCACGAGUGCGGCAGCACCGUGCAGAUCACCCCGGAUUCCCUGAUCUACCGCACGCUGCUCACCUACGAGCCCAGCCCCGGCAGCAACCCGGCCAUCGUGCGCAGCAGCCCGGCCGUCGUCCCCAUCGAGUGCCACUACCCCAGACGGGACAACGUCACCAGCGGUGCCAUCCGCCCCACCUGGGCACCCUUCAACUCCGCCCUGGCGGCCGAGGAGAAGCUCCUGUUCUCGCUGCGCCUCAUGAACGACGAUUGGAGCGCCGAGAGGGCCUUCACGGGCUUGCGGCUGGGAGACGUGCUGAACAUCCAGGCCGAGGUGGGCACCGAGAGCCACGUGCCGCUGCGGCUCUUCGUGGACUCCUGCGUGGCCACCCUGAGCCCCGGCGCCGAGGCCUCGCCCCACUACGCCAUCAUUGACUUCAACGGGUGCCUGGUGGACGGGCGCUCGGACGCCACCGGCUCGGCCUUCGUCACGCCGCGGCCCCGGCAGGACGUGCUGCGCUUCCAGAUCGACGCCUUCCGCUUCGCGUGCGACCCCCGCAACCUGAUUUACAUCACGUGCCACCUGAAGGUGACACCGGCCGAGCAGAGCCCGGACGCGCUCAACAAGGCCUGCUCCUUCAACAAGGCCCUCAACACCUGGGCGCCCCGUGGAGGGGACAAGGGACAUCUGCCAGCUGCUGCGAGCUGGGCAACUGCGGCUCGGCCGCGCUGGCCCGGAGCGUGCGGCCAGUGGAGAACUGGAGCGGGCAUCGCUUUCCGCCGGCAGGAUGGGGAUGGCCCCGCGGCCGAAGCCGACGUGGUCAUCGGUCCAGUGCUGCUCUCCAAGUGGCCAGCGGGGCCAGCAGCCCACAGGGCCACCAAGGAGAGGCGCCGCUGGGCACGGGCACGGUGCUGGCCUGCGCCCUGGCCACCGUGGCCGUGGCCGGAAGUGGCCGUGGCCGGAGCCGUGCUGGGCCAUCGGCCUGGGGCGCCGCGGCGGCGGCCCGGAGCGCGGCCUGAGGUGGCCACAAUUCCCAAUAAAUGCCCGAAGGACCAGCGG